AGCGCUUCCACUUCUGCAUCGAGCUUGCAGCAGGCUUUGCUUUCGGGGCACAACAUCCACCUCUCACCAUGAGCUGCAGCAUCAAGAGGACAUCCAGCACCUCGUACCGCAGUGGAGGCGGGGGAGGCAUCUGCGGUGGUGCCGGUGGCAGGAGCUCCUCCACCUCGUGCCGGCGAUACGCCUCCUCCGUGAUAGGCGGGGGCAGCUCCGCGGGGGGAGCGUGCGGCAUUGGCUAUGGCGGGGGCAUGAGUGCCGGCAGCCUCGCCGGCGGCUUUGGCGGGGGCCUGGGAGGAGGCUUUGGGGGUGGCUUUGCGGGAAGCUUCGGUGCCGGGGGGGACAUCCUGCUGAGCGGCAAUGAGAAGAUCACCAUGCAGAACCUCAACGACCGCCUGGCCUCCUACCUGGACAAGGUGCGAAGGCUGGAGGAGGAUAACGCCCAGCUCGAGCUCCACAUCCGCGAGUGGUACAGGAAACAAGCUCCCAGCGUCUCAAAGGACUACAGCUCCUACUACCAGACCAUCGAGCAGCUCCAGAACCAGAUCAUUUCUGCCACUGUGGACAACAACAGGAUGCUUCUGGACAUCGAUAACAGCAAGAUGACUGCUGAUGACUUCCGAAUGAAGUAUGAGAAUGAACUGGUCAUCCGUCAAACUGUGGAGUCUGAUAUUAAUGGCUUGAGAAAUAUGCUGGAUGACCUGACUCUGGUUAGGUCUUCACUGGAAUCUGAGCUGGAGUCCUUGAAAGAUGAGCUGAUUGCUUUGAAGAGAAACCACGAGGAGGAAUUAAGACAGCUGCAGUCUCAGACCGGAGGAGAUGUGAGCGUGGAGGUCAAUGCUGCUCCCGGAGAAGACUUGACAAAGAUUCUCAAUGACCUGAGAAAUGAGUACGAGCAGAUCAUUGAGAAGAACCGCAGGGAGGUUGAGCAGUGGUAUGAAGUCAAGAUCGAAGAAGUCAACCGGCAGGUCACCUCCAGCAGCCAGGACAUCCAGACCAGCAGCCACCAGCUCACCGAGCUGAAGCGCGAAAUGCAGAACCUGGAGAUCGAGCUGCAGGCGCAGCUCAGCACGAAAGACUCUCUGGAAAACUCCUUGGCUGAGACCGAAUCUCGCUAUGGCUGCCUGCUGCAACAAAUCCAAGGGCAGAUUAACUCCGUAGAGGAGGAGCUGGCCAACAUCCGCUGUGAGAUGGAGGGGCAGAGCCAGGAGUACAAGAUGCUGCUGGGCAUCAAGACCCGCCUGGAGCAGGAGAUUGCUCAGUACCGGGCACUGCUCCAUGAGGGACAGCAAGACCUUGCCGCCUCCCAAGGAUCUUUCCAAGGAGGUGGAAAAUCCUCCCAGUCAUAUUCUUCUAGUUCCUUCUCUCAAUCCCAGUCUGGUGACGUGACAGGGCAGUCAAGAGUGUGCUAGAGCAACAGCAGUGAUGCUGGCAUCCUCCUCCUAAGAUGCACUGAACUGACCCACGGACAAUGAGAGACAGAACCCGAUGCUUCUGCAGCACAGCCGAUGCGAUGCAGCAGUGCAGAGGAGCGCUCAUCGCCGGCCUCAUCACCCUCCUUCCCUUCUGCAAUGCUGGCCUUACUCAACUUGUCUUUGUCAACUGGAUCUUUGUUUAAAAGCUUGAAUUCUGCUGCUAACACUGUCAUGAAUAAAACUUCACUUCUUUGAUGCAAAUAAAAAUGUCUAAGGAAUUUAA